AACAUUGAAGUGUGUGCUGAUUGUGGUGACAUCUAGUGGUCUUUGAUAGAAGUAUGGUAUAUUGUGGUUGCAUUUUGGACUGACGCAAAAGCCGACCGAUAGUAUGUAUAGUAUAGAGUUGAGAAAUCUAUCUUCGAAAUCUUAGCCAUGGUUGGACGUAUGCAUGUUGCUAAUUUGGGAUCUCUGUUCCUGAAAGAACACACACGAAAGUGCAUCAAUUGGGCUUCAUGGAAUGUAUGUAAAUUUUCAUCUAAAAGUACAGAUGUAGAUACACUUAGUGCUAUUCAAGCAAAUACACCACUUUCUGAACCAUUACCUGGUCUGCCUGCUCCAUUGUAUGCAUCUCUGAAAGAAGAACACCAUACAACACAGGUCACAACGCUUUCCAAUGGGUUGAAAGUGGCUUCUGAAAAUCGAUUUGGACAGUUUUGCACUGUAGGAGUUGUGAUAGAUUCUGGUCCUCGAUAUGAAGUUGCUUAUCCAAGUGGUAUAUCACAUUUUUUGGAAAAAUUAGCUUUCAAUUCCACAACUGAGUAUUCUGAUAAAGACAAGAUUUUAUACGAAUUAGAAAAGCAUGGUGGAAUAUGUGAUUGUCAAUCCUCUAGAGACACAUUUGUGUACGCUGCUUCAGCAGAUUCACGUGGUUUGGAUCCAGUUAUAAAAGUGUUGGGAGAGAUAGUCCUACGCCCUCAAAUAUCUGUUGCAGAAAUGGAUAUGGCUCGGCAAGCUAUAAGAUUUGAGUUGGAAACUUUGUUAAUGCGUCCAGAACAGGAACAUAUUUUAAUGGAUAUGAUUCAUGCUGCUGCAUAUCGUGAUAAUACAUUAGGUUUGCCAAAAAUAUGUCCAGAAGAAAAUACUGAAAAAAUUACUCGUAAUAUGCUCUUCACAUUUUUGAAACAUCAUUACACUCCGAAGCGCAUGGUAAUUGCUGGAGUUGGUGUUGACCAUUCUGCUUUAGUUGAAUCUGUACAAAAGUACUUUGUCGAGCAAAAACCUAUUUGGGAAGAAGAUUCUGGACUUAUUAUUCCUGGUAGCACAUUCAGUGUAGAUGAAUCAAUUGCUCAAUAUACUGGUGGUAUUGUGCAGGAAGUAUGUGAAAUCCCAUUAUUUGCGGGCCCAUCAGGUCUUCCAGAACUGGCCCAUGUGGUGUUAGCUUUGGAAGGAUGUUCUCAUCAGGAUCCAGACUUUAUUCCAAUUUGUGUACUUAAUAUGAUGAUGGGUGGUGGUGGAUCCUUCAGUGCUGGAGGACCAGGCAAAGGAAUGUACACAAGAUUGUAUACUAAUGUUUUAAACAGGUAUCAUUGGAUGUACAAUGCAACAGCUUAUAAUCAUGCAUAUGGAGACACUGGGUUAUUUUGCAUUCACGCCAGUGCACCUCCUUCUCAUGUGCGUGAUAUGGUUGAGGUCAUAGUGCGUGAAAUGGUGAACAUGGCUGGAAAGAUAGGAGAUGUUGAGUUACAGAGAGCUAAGACUCAAUUGCAAUCGAUGUUACUAAUGAAUCUGGAGGCUCGUCCGGUUGUAUUUGAAGAUAUAGGAAGACAAGUGUUGGCAACUGGACAGAGAAAGAGACCAGAGUUCUUUAUUAAUGCUAUAGAGAAAGUUACGCCAGAGGACAUAGAGAGAGUCGCAAAGAGAUUAUUGCGAUCACAACCGUCAUUAGCUGCAAGAGGAGAGGUUAACAAGUUGCCCACUUUGAUCGAUGUGCAAAGUGGACUUCAGAAUGAGGAAGGCAGGAUGCCUGGUGGGCGAGGACGUCUUUCUCUUUUCCGAUGAAUUAAAUGUGUAAGAGGACUGAAUUUGAAAAUUGGACAAUCGGGGAUGAUUGUGAGUAAGUUAUGUACAGCUUUCUUCAUGGAGUUGUAAGUGAAAGUGAAAAUGUUUUAUAACAGCAUAGUGAAAUAUCAAAAUCCAAGAUUAUGGAUUAUGUAAGAGAUGGAUUAUGUAUAUAUAUAUAUAAUCAUGCGCAAAACGAGAGCUAUGUGCAUAACCCCAAGAUAGAAGUUUAUUACCAUUUUAAUGGUAGGAAACUUAUCAGAGAUCUAUGUAAUUAACUUAUAAAUAAAUAUUACUUUUUGUGUUUUUAUGAA